GUACGAGUGAACUCGAUCAACAACAUGUCAGAGAACAAGACGGAAGUGAAGGCCCGCAUCAUGCCGGCCGAAGACGGCAGCAUCAAGGUCGUCUUCUUCUCCGCGCCGGCGUCGCCUCCGCUCCUCGGAGCAAAGGCGGCGAGCUGCGCCAAGAACGCACCCGUUGAGGACGUCACCGUGGCCGAGUCCGGCGCGGAGGAGGCGCCCCUCGACGAGAGCAUCCUCAAGCAAGACCUGGCCGCGGAAGAGGCGGAGACGGUCGACUCGGACCGGGCCAAGGCCAUGUUUGCCGCCCACAAGCCGAGCGCGGACGCCGUUUUCUGGUCCAAGUUUGAGCGCCCGACCGACCCACCGCCCGCCCGCACCGGCGUCACCAAGAACGGCCCGGCGCUCGAGCCGGUCACCGAAGACUCGCCGGCUCUCGAGGUCACCGCCGGCGGCGCGCCGCUGCCGUCGAUCAAGGAGUUUCCGGAGGAGGAGCCUGCCGCGGCGGCGAGCGCCUGA